GGAGGGAGGGAGGGAGGGGGGAGAGAGAGGGAGGAAAAAAAGACUGCAUCAUAGGAGCCUUCAUGUGAUGGACUCAUCCAGACUGUGGAAGGAACCACAGACAACCACAGACAAACACUGACCACUGUCCCUGAACCACUGACCCCUCAGACCCCCCCCCCCACCUUUAUCUACAGACUCAUUUAAAGAGGAUUAUUUUUCCAUCUAAACCAAAAAACCGGAAUUCUGUAGAUGUCCUGCGCCGACCUGUGACCUGUGACCUGUGACCCCUGGCUCUGUCACAGACUCUCUUCCUGCUGUGAAGAGCAGAAACCUUGGUCCCAGACCCCAGGUCCUAGACUGAAUCUUCACCACUGGACCAUGGCAGAGGACUAGUCAUACCAUCGGAUUGAUUCUGUGGCGGUACAGGCAGCCAGCAGACCUUUCUCCAUGAGGAGCAGUAGAAGAUGCCGGCUCUGCCAGCACUGUUGCUGUCAAUACACUUUCUUUCCUUCCUACUAGUCAUCAUGCCUCCACGCUCCCUCAGCCAGGCCCCCCUGCUCUCCUCCGUCCGCAUGGCGGCGAUCCUGGAUGACCAGUCUGUGUGUGGGCGGGGGGAGCGGCUGGCGCUGGCACUGGCCAGAGAGAACAUCAACAGCAUGAUGGAGGGUCCGGCCCGGGCCAGGGUGGAGGUGGACAUAUACGAGCUGCAGAAAGACUCCCAGUACGACACCACCGACACCAUGUGUCAGAUUCUACCCAAAGGCGUCGUCUCUGUGAUAGGUCCUGCUUCUAGCCCCGCCUCCGGCUCUACUGUCAGUCACAUCUGUGGAGAGAAGGAGAUCCCUCACAUCAAGAUUGGUCCUGAAGAAACUCCACGCCUGCCGUACCUGCGCUUCGCCUCCGUCACUCUGUACCCUAGCAACGAGGACCUGAGCCUGGCCAUAGGAGCCAUCCUGCGCUCCUUCAGUUACCCGUCAGCCAGCCUGGUCUGUGCCAAGGCCGAAUGUCUGCUGAGGUUGGAGGAGUUGGUGCGUCGCUUCCUCAUCUCUCGGGAGACGCUGUCCGUCAGAAUGCUGGACGACAACCUGGACCCCACACCGCUGCUGAAGGAGAUCCGUGACGACAAAGUAGCCACCAUCAUCAUCGAUGCUAAUGCGUCUGUGUCCUACCACAUCCUGAAGAAGGCCUCAGAGCUGGGAAUGACCUCGGCCUUCUACAAGUACAUCCUCACCACCAUGGACUUCCCCCUCCUACGGCUGGACGACAUAGUGGACGAGCACUCCAACAUAGUGGGCUUCUCCAUGUUCAACACCACCCACCCCUUCUACCUGGAGUUCAUCAGGAGCCUGAACCUGUCGUGGAGGGAGGGCUGUGACCUGACGUACCCUGGCCCUGCGGUCAGUCUCUUGGACACAGGGCUCUCGUCGGCGUUGAUGUUUGACGCGGUGCACGUGGUGGUGGGGGCGGUGAGGGAGUUGAACCGCAGUCAGGAAAUCGGAGUGAAGCCGCUCAGCUGCACCUCACCACAGAUCUGGCAACACGGCACCAGUCUGAUGAACUACCUGCGCAUGGUGGAGUACGAUGGUCUGACGGGGCGGGUGGAGUUCAACAGCAAAGGUCAGAGGACCAACUACACCCUGAGGAUCCUGGAGAAACACAGAGGAGGCCACAAGGAGAUCGGGAUCUGGUACUCCAACAACACUCUGGCCAUGAACUCCACCAGUCUGGACAUCAACGUCUCAGAGACCCUGGCCAACAAGACCCUGAUUGUUACCACCAUACUGGAGAACCCCUAUGUUAUGCGUAAGGACAACUACCAGGACUUGGAGGGUAACGACCAGUACGAGGGCUUCUGUGUGGACAUGCUGAGGGAGUUGGCCAACAUCCUGAAGUUCUCCUUCAAGAUCAAACUGGUGGAUGAUGGUCUGUACGGAGCUCCAGAACCCAACGGUUCCUGGACCGGCAUGGUGGGAGAACUGAUCAACAGGAAGGCGGACCUGGCGGUGGCAGGUUUCACCAUCACGUCAGAGAGGGAGAAGGUCAUCGACUUCUCCAAGCCCUUCAUGACCCUGGGGAUCAGCAUACUGUACAGAGUUCAUCUGGGUCGGAAGCCCGGUUACUUCUCCUUCCUGGACCCCUUUUCUCCGGCCGUCUGGCUCUUCAUGCUGCUGGCCUACCUGGCGGUCAGCUGUGUGCUCUUCCUGGCUGCAAGGCUGAGUCCGUAUGAGUGGUACAACCCCCACCCGUGUCUGCGGGAGCGCAGGGACAUGCUGGAGAACCAGUACACCCUGGGGAACAGCCUGUGGUUCCCGGUCGGAGGCUUCAUGCAGCAGGGGUCAGAGAUCAUGCCCAGAGCUCUGUCCACACGAUGUGUGAGCGGCGUUUGGUGGGCCUUCACCCUCAUCAUCAUCUCCUCCUACACAGCCAACCUGGCGGCCUUCCUGACCGUCCAGAGGAUGGAGGUUCCCAUUGAGUCUCCUGAUGACCUGGCUGAUCAGACCAACAUCGAAUAUGGAACCAUCCACGGAGGCAGCACCAUGACCUUCUUCAUGAACUCACGGUACCAGACGUACCAGCGGAUGUGGAACUACAUGAACUCCAAGCAGCCCAGCGUCUUUGUUAAAAGUACAGAGGAAGGCAUCGCCCGCGUGCUCAACUCCAAGUACGCCUUCCUGAUGGAGAGCACCAUGAACGAGUACCACCGCGGCCUCAACUGUAACCUCACGCAGAUCGGAGGCCUGCUGGACACCAAGGGCUACGGCAUCGGCAUGCCACUGGGCUCUCCGUUCAGAGAUGAGAUCACUCUGGCCAUCCUCCAGCUGCAGGAGAACAACAGGCUGGAGAUUCUGAAGAGACGCUGGUGGGAGGGGAGCCAGUGUCCCAAAGAGGAGGACCACCGUGCCAAGGGGCUGGGCAUGGAGAACAUCGGGGGCAUCUUCGUGGUCCUGAUCUGCGGCCUCAUUAUCGCCGUGUUUGUGGCCAUCAUGGAGUUUGUCUGGUCGACGCGUCGCUCCACAGAGACUGAUGAGGUAUGCCCCCAUACCUGCCCUCGCCGACCCCACAGACACACCCCAGUGUCUGUCUGUCAGGAAAUGAUCACAGAAUUCCGAAACGCCGUCUCCUGUAAGAAGAGUUCUCGUAUGCGUCGCCGUCGGCCCCUCAGCAGCUCGGCCGCCCUUCGUCACCCCGCCCGUAUAGCUCUGGGCGCCCCUCGCCCCCUGCGUCUGGUUCGGGAGAUGCGCCUGAGCAACGGCAAGCUCUACAGCGGGGCGGGUCCGCUGACAGGGGGCGCUGGAGGUGGGGGGGGCGUAGGGGGAGGAACAGGACCUCCGGAUUUAGGCCCCGGCCCGCAACGAAUCCUAGAUGAUCCUCUCGGAGUGAGCACCACGCCCCCUCCGCCGGCCCCCACCCCGGUGAUGCUGCCCUCCCGCAGCUGCGCCCACGUGAGGAUCUGCCAGGAGUGUCGGAGGAUCCAGAGCCUGAGGUCCGGCGGGACUUUAGGCUCGGCUUCAACCAGAAUACCGCCCUCAUCGGCACCUCUGCCCAGGCUCCCCCCGCCCCCCCCGCCCUCCACAUCCAACACAGACAGUGAGGGCGGAGGAGGGCCCAGUCCCAGGCGGCUGCACCACAGCCCCCCACCUCAUAACCCCCGCCCCAUCGUUCCUCCUCCACAGAGCAGCAACACCACAGACCUACUGAUGGACCAGGACUGAGAGCGGGCGCGGUGGUGCAGCGGGCGGGGUGACAGGUCAAAGGUUUGAAGACUCUGCAGAUCCAGGACCGGGUCUGGAGAAACAUUUGCCCCGCCCGGGGUGAAAGUGCAGCUCUGUGGGAGGACGUGGCGUAUCCGUGCCGAUGAUUUCCUGGUGUUGAUUUGGGUUGUGUUUUUCAUGACGUUGACAUUGUCCUCAGUGGAAUUACAACAUGACUUCAGCCUGUGUGGAGUAGAACUGACAACCUGUGAAUCUGGUCCAACUGUGUUUAAGAGUUUUGUGUCCCUCCUUGUGCCCCGUAGCUGACGUUUGAGGGAGGGGGAGAGAAAGAGGGAGGGAGGGAGGGAGGGAGGGGGAGAGAAAGAGGGGGAGGAGGAGGAUUCAGCCUGAAUGUCUGCGUGUUUGUAAAAUAAUUUGCUUCCUGUAAGUCUGUCUGUUACUCCUCACAGUCAGGAGAACCCUGGACCUCCUCCUCCCCCUCCUCCCCCUCCUCCCCCUUCUCCUCCUACUGAUGGGGUUCAGUCAGACAGUCAUGGAGGGGUGAGAGGGGUGAGACGAGAAGAGAGGGAGCGAAGACGUCAGAAUGUGGAAUGAUGGUUCCUCGUUAUCUUGACAUCAAACGAAAUGACUUUUUUUCAACUCUCUUCAAACAGUGUCAAAGAAACAGGGAGAGAGAGGGGGAGGGGGUGAGAAAGGGGAGAGAGAGAGAGAGAGAGGGUGACUGCCAGUGAGGGAGCCCUCUCUGAACCACUUUAAUUAUUCACUCUGUCCUCUGCUCAGUCCGACUUCCUCUCAGGCGUGUGUUUCUGUGCC